AAUGCGUUGACACCACGAAUAUACUUUUAAUCAUUCAAUAUAUUUUCUGCAGGUUCCCUGUUUUAAUACAGUACUGAAAGUUAUACUGGGUGUUAUUAAACCUGAAUUAGUCUGGGUAAACCUGGAAAACAGCAGGAAAUCUAAGUGCAGGGUACGAGUGAACCAUUUAUCAGAAUCCGGAUUAAAAAAAAUAAUCAUACCAGUCUGCACCCGGUUGCAAGCAGAAUGGAAGAUAUUCUGUUGACUCCAGAAAGCUCUGACGAUCUCAACGCGGUUGACACUCCAAAAGCAAAUGGACGUAAAACAAUUGAAGAGUUGGUUUUCGAAGUUUUCAAUGUGAAGAAAAGAGAGAAACGAAAAUCUUCCGUAAGACGUCAAAGUGUUGCGGAGAAGGAUAUUGCAGAGACACCUACUAAAACAGAUAAUGUCAAAAAGGUCACCAUCGUUGAGCCGAUUGUCCAGCAACAACAGCGGCGUCGAACCACACGACAGGCAAAUGCCGAGGAUAUAUCGAAAGGAAAUGAAGCGGUGGCUGAUCUUGAAAAUGGGAUCCAGAGGGAAGCAAAACACCGGAAGAUCUCGUUAAGUAGACGGGAUUCUAAAGAAUCUAUCACAACUGCAGGACUCGGCAGAAAAAAAAGCAGUUCUCUGACCUUACCAAAGUUAACAAAGCAGUUCCGUCUUAUGGCAGAGUUUACUAAUCGCAAGCUUAGUGAAACUGUUGGUGCUAAUUCACCAGAAGCAGUCGCGAAAGGCCAUGCUAUCGAAAUUAGGCAAACCGAAAAAAUGCAAACAAAACGGACAUCUGAUAGUAAACAAAACGAGAAAUAUUCCUUCAGCCAAAUUCAAGCGGAUAAAUUAUUGCGUCAAUUGCGCGACUCACGAACCGAUUUUCGGGAACUUCCAUCGGAAUGGAUAAAAAAUGUGCGAUCAGACGAUCUGUUUGAUGUAAACGCUGAAGAGUGGGCGGAAAUGGUAACUGCAGGGAACGAUAUUCCCUCAUCCGAUCCGGUAGAUAACAAAUACGCGAACGAAACGGAGCAAAAUGCUGUCCUGUCAGAUAAAAAUGGGACCGAAAUAUUAGUAAAAAUUGGAAGGAAUGACGCACUGCCGGUUGUCACCGCACCGCAAAAUCAAACUGCAGAAAAAUCCCAUCUUGAUGUUCAGAUCUCGGCGGCAUCUGGCAGUUUAGAGAAAGUAUUAGCCAAUCCGAGCGCAGACACCAUCACCAGUUGGACAACGGUCUCGUCGUUGUCGUCUGUGGGCAGCGGACGAUUCGAAGAGGAUAUCAACAACGCAGGCGCUAAUAAGAAUUUUCCCAUCAAUUCAAACAACUCGCGCGAAGAAAUAAUGUACCAAACACCAUCAGGUCGAGUAACGGAUGCCAGGCAAAUUUAUCAAAAUUCUGUUGAUCGCAAUGAUAUAGAUAACAGCCAGAACACCACUAAAGUACAGAAAGCAAAAGCGAAUUUGGAGGAACCAGUUACGACUCUCGCAAAUAUCUCUACACAACAGUCUAGAUCCGAACGGAUUGAGAAGAUGGAAAAUAUCCUGCAGGGUGUCAAUCCGGAUACCAUCGAUGAACUGCAUGAAGUGUUUCUGCCGCUAUUGCGCGAUAAUCCCACACGGCAAUUAGACUGCGUAGCGUACUAUGAAUCCGAAGCCGACACAUUAUCAUGCUGCUCGGAAAAGGUCACUGUUCGCGGUGAAGAGGCUAUGGAGCAGCGGGCUUGGGAGAUUCAGAUGCCGGAGAUUUUCGAGAUGAUCCGGUUAAACGCUGGCCACGUGUCCGAGUACGCGUUGCUCAAUCGUAAUACUUUGCGCGCAGUGGCCAUCAGUAGAAAUCUCAAAGCUAGCAAAGCGGAGCUGGUGCGUCUUAUGCGUUGUUUAACGCAGCUGAUGGAGGCUCCGCGGUACUUGGGAAAGGUCGUGGAAAGUUCGCGCGACAUACUAGUCCCGUUUGGGAAUAAACUGUACAAAAUAACGCAACUGGAUCCGAUGUUUGCUUUUGGCAGAACAUUCGCACAGGAUUACGAGGGAUUUGUCGCAAGACCGGUACUGGGUUUUUUCAUUGUAGUCUUUUACGCCACGAAUUCGUUUGUCGGGGUGGCAUCAGAUAUCGUCUGUAGUUUAGUGGAUUACAUUACUUUCUGUGUUUUUGGAUGUUUACCGGAAUACGAAGACGGCUUCGACAUGGUCACUACCGCUCUUGAUGAUGAACACUGGCGUAAUCAUAAGGAAGACCACGAGAGUGAAGCGUACAGAUCCCGGCAACAAGACAACAAGUUCAAGUGCUCUAGUCGGCCUUCUGCCGACUAUGACGAAUGCGACAGUAGGAAUUCCUCCACUGAUGACUUGUCUGAAUGGAGAAGAUGUAAUAACAGCGGCUGCAGCGGUAAUUGUGCUUUCCAUUGGUUGCAUUAA